UGAGUUCUGACCCCGCGUCUGGGCGACGGACUGGACUGAGUGACCCCGUGACACCUGGAGGAUGUUUGCAAUGUUCCAGAAACCCAAGAUCUUCAAGCUUCGGGCCCUGCACAGCGAGAAGAAGUUCGGGUUGGCAGGCAGGAGCUGCAAGGAAGUGCUGCGGAAGGGCUGCCGCCUGUUCAAGCUCCCCGAGGCUGGCUGCCGCCUGUGUCUGUACGAGGAUGGGACUGAGCUGACUGGCGACUACUUCCCCAGCGUCCCGGACAACUCCGAGCUGGUGCUGCUCACCGCCGGCCAGUCCUGGCAGGGCUGGUUGGAGUCCCGAUUUAGGAGCAAGUCGAGCUACUUGAGGUACAGCUGCGGGAGCCGAAUCCGGAGUUACCUGAGAGAGGCGUCGUCGUAUGCCUCGGAGGUGGAUGCUGAGACCCGGGAGGAGUACAUGCGGAUACUCGGCCACAUGGGCCAGAAGCUGAAGUCCAUGCAGUACCACGGCAGCUACUUUGACAGAGGGGCCCAGGCAGAUGGCCGCCUCUGCACACCCGAGGGCUGGUUCUCCUGCCAGGGACCUUUUGACAUGGAUGACUGUUUGUCCAAACACUCCAUCAACCCCUACAGCAACCGGGAGAGCAGGAUUCUCUUCAGCACCUGGAACCUGGAUCACGUCAUCGAAAAGAAGCGCACCGUUGUCCCCGCACUGGCCCGGGCCAUUAAGGAGCAGGACGGCCGGGAAGUGGACUGGGAGUACUUUUACGACCUGCUGUUCACCUCGGAGAACCUGAAAUUGGUGCACAUCGCCUGCCACAAGAAGACCGCUCAUCCUCGCAGCUGUGACCCAAGCAGGGCUUACAGACCCAAAGCCUCGCUGACGCAGCAGCAGCGGGGGCGGCGGCCUGCUCAGAAACACAGGUGAUCGGUGUCGGCCACUCUUUCUACAGCUGCUCUUGGGACCCACCCCCACCCCCCCACCCCAGGGGGAUCUUCUAGCAAGUGCUAGUGGUUUGUUUGGUUUUCGUUACUGUUUUUGUCUUUGUCACUCCUCACUCUGGCGCGCUGAACUCUUGUACAGCCAUCUGAUGACAGGACCCUUCUCAAUCUGUCUUCCACACCUUCCCUCAGUUCAGCUUCCAGAGAGCACGCUUUCACGUGUGUGGUGAACCUCUGUGCGUACCUGGGGCUGUCUGCGGGCAGGGAAGAGGGAGGCUUUGAACUCAGGCCUUCCGCUCCGGGUGUCCUGGCCAUCCUGAGAAGCUGGACCUGCCUCUUGUUUGGGGAAGUGAGGUGCGCAUUUACUUAUGGUAUCAGCUUGACCCAGCCGGUCUCAACCGGAGCCACGUGCAAAGGACGAUGCUUUCCUAAGUACUCUGAAAGGGAUGUGUGACCCGUGGGGGAAAGAUGUUUGUACCCCAUAAAGGCCAUGCACCAAUAUGCCCUGCACAGUCAUUCAUAGCGGCCCGCAUUGGAAACCUCCCGAUGCCCAUGUGUGGGCGUACUGAGGUAGGGCUUAGGCUGACCACCUGGGUUUACCGUUUUUUGUAGCUAAGACAUGAUCAGCUCUAUGGAGUGCAAAGUUGUGCUGUUUAACUGUAUGCAGUCUGGGGCUGUGUUGUUGUGCUGUCUGUAUGUUAGUGUGUCUGGAGAUGGACUGUCUGCAGGGUAGAGCCUGUAGGGAGACAGUCUGUCUGUAUGUUAGUGUGUACACUGUGGAUGCUAGUGUAUGGAGAUGGUCUAUCUGUAUGUUAAUGCGUGUGCAUACUGUAUGGACACUGUAUGUUCGUGUGUGUGGACAUUGUCUGUUAGUGCGUGCCUGGGGAAGAACCUGGAAGGAAAGAGCUCACACAGGGGACGACAGGAGUCCCAUGGGUUAGAUGACAAGUUCUCUUUUGUAAGUCAUGUAUUUUAUAGUAUUUGCAUUUUGUGAAAUGAAUUUUAUUUCCUAACAGUUUAAAAUUUACUUUUUAAAGUUAUGGAUUUUACAAUGCAUGGGGUUUUAGCAAGCUAUUAUUUUAUAAUGAGAAAGCAAUAAAGUUUUUUAAAACGUG